UUCGGAGCGAAAGGACGCAAUAGCGGCAACCAAAAACUAGAGAAAAAUAAUAUAAAUACAAGUUCAGCGCCACAACUUGACAGCGGCAACGGCAACGACAACAGUGAACGUGGAAAAUAAUAACUGAAAACUAUAUAGGUAUAUGCGGUGUUUAUUGUGAUUGCGACACACGUGAGAAUUAAACGGCUCUGCAAGGACCCUUGGAUUACCUUGCGGGCCAAACAACAACACCAAGAACACAACCAGAACAGCACAGUAGAAGAAAACAAUCAAACAAAGAGCAAGAUAAAAAAAGGCGGCCAAGUGGAAAGAGUGGUGCAGACAAAACAAAAAGUGAGUACAAAGACGCCCGCCGGCAACAGGCAGAGCUGUGGCGCUGCAGCCGCAGAAAAUGGCCGCAGUAGCAGCUGAAGUAGCAACAGAAAUAGCGACAACAACAACCACAGCAAUAGCAACAGCGACAGCAACAACUGCAGCAACAUAUUGACAAACUGAUUGAAUGAAUGAGAAGAGCAGCAACAGCGGCGACGGCUGCGCGGAUUGCUGAAGUUGUUGACGACGACGAUGAUGAUGAUGAUGAAGACGAUGAAGCCGAGCAGCCAAAACUACGACACAACAAUGCCAAUGCCAAGUGCCAACAACAAAAGCGGAAAUUAAGUGCCAAAGGCAACGACAGCAACCGCAACGAAGCAAAAUCAAAACUAAAUUUACAUAACAAAACAAGCAGUAGCAGCAGAAAGCACAGAAAACGAGACAAGAAGCAUAAUCAAAAUAUACAGCCGCAGCAGCAGCAACAGAAACUCAAGCAACAGCAACAGCAACAGCAACCAACAACCGCAACAUGGCAAUCGCUGCAGUGGGCAGCAGCAGCAGCAGCCAUUGUGGGCGUGGCCCGGCCAGCUUGUGGUUGAUUUGGCUGCUGUUGGCAGCACCAGCAUAUGCGGCGCCGGCAAAGACAGCAACUGUUGCUGAAGUGACAAUAGCAGCAACAGCAGCAGCAGCACCAGCAACAGCAACAGCAACAUCAAAUGUAGCAACAGCAGCGCAACAGCUGCAAAUAGGCGUUGAAGGCGAUACGCCCACAUUGAUUGCAACUGGCAGGCAGCAACAUGUCAGCCAGGCAACCACAAAAGCAGCAACAACAAUCUCUACGACAACAACAAUACCAUCAACAACAACAUCCACGACAACAACAACAACAACAGCUGCACCAGCUGCAAUCACAACUGCGAGUCUGACAACAGCAACAAGCAUUGCCAGCAACAGCAGCAGCACUGCAACAGCAACCAUAGCAGCAACCUCCACAACUACAACAACAACAACAGCGAGCAGCAACCAUUUGCCGGAGUCGGUGGUGCAGUUGCUCGAUCUGGAAGUGACUGCAGCGCCACCUCAGAACAAAGGACACGACGGCCUCAAGCUGACCAAAAAGAAGCAGCUGCAACAGCAACACUUCCACGCCACCAGCACGUCACCAGCAGCAGCAACAGCAACAGGAACAGCAACAGGAAUGCUGCUGCCGGUGGCCAAUGGCUAUUUGGGACCCAUUUUCAUGGGCGAAAAGACAUUCAGUGUGGUGCAUCCACUAAAAAAGCCGCAACCAGCACAAGAAGAGGAGCAACCAAAGGUGGAUACGGAGUCGAUUGAGUCGCAGCUGCGCGAAGGACGCAUUGUUGAGAUUCUGGCGCCAACAGCGUUGCUCGAGAGCAGCACAACAACAACCAGCAGCAGCAGCAGCAGCAGCCCGAUAACUGACAGCAACAGCAACAGCAACAACUUGGGCAGCAGCACUUCAACAACCACCACAAGUCGCCCAAUUUUGCCGCAUGCAAUGCUCUCGACAACCGUUUUCCAAGUGCCCGAACAGCAGCAACCACAACAACCGACAGCCGCAACAACAACCACAACCACAACAACAACAACAACAACAGCGAGCAGCACUCGCUUGCCAUUUGUGGCUGCUGUUGCUGAAAUAAGUGCGGUGCAAGCAACAGCACCGCGCACUGAAUCCAAAAUCUCCGACAUACAAAUCGAGGUCUACGACUCGACGGUGGAUUCGAUUGUGGCCUCCACGAAUUUCCGGGAUAAUCAAGGCUAUUAUCCGUUGCCCCUGGAGCCAGCGAUGGGCACCACAAAGCCACCGCCAAGUUCGCCGGUGGUGCAAGAGCGUUUCACCCAAUACGUGAUCGAUCGAGCGGAUGUCUCCACACAACCCGCUGAGCCAGGGAUGGGAAAACCGGAGCCAGCGGCGAUUGAGAUACACAUCAAUGUGUCGGAGGCCUUUGGCAGCGAGAGCGAAGAUCUCGAGUUCUCGUAUCGCCAGCCAGCGAAUAAGCCAAGCAAAUCAAAUGAUGAGAUACUUGUGGUCGAGAUCAUUGACAGCAGCACCGAGAACAUUUCGUCGAGCGCCAGUUCCGAGCAUUUGUUCAACUAUCCGGGAGCAUCGCAGCCACAGCCAGCGGUGAGGCCACCGCAAACGCAGGAUGCAACCGACGAGCUGUUUAUGGCGGAUCGUGGCAAUGGUUUGCCGCGACCACCGCAUCCGCCACCGCCGCCACCGAUGCCGCGCAAACCGAGCAUCGAUCGGGACUCCGAUACGAUAUUCUAUAUCUCCAACACAGAGGUGAAGGUGGGCGAAUCCCUGCCCACCGCCAGCAGCAGCAGCAGCAGCAGCAACAGCAACAACGAGCAGCAGCAGCAACGCAAACUGCAGCUGGAGAAUCAAUUCUUUCCGGCCAGCUACAUUAUGGAGCAACAACAGCAACAGCAGCAACAACAACAGCAGCAGCAACAGAAGCUGCAGCGUAGCUCCUCCGAGGACAUUAUACUUUCACCGCUUCACAACACCGCCGAUGCGCUGAAGAUAUUGAGAAGUCCGGCCAUGUCUGGGGAUGGGGCUCCGCCCUUGGAUGUGACCUAUGUGGGGGAAUCGGUCAUUGAGGUGGAGCAACAAGCGUUACCCUCAACACAGCAGCCGCCGCUGAUGGUCGCCAGCGUUCAACCGCAAGCGGACAUCAUUAUACAGCCGGCGGUGUUGCCGGAUCUGGCGAUUGGAGUGCCUGUAAUUGGUGAGCUGCCGCCACAGAUUGAGCUCAAGGAGAUCGACUAUAUGCCCGGCGAGCUCUUGGGCCAGAGUCAGGGUGGCAUCUAUGAGAAUGACAUCGAGAGUAAUAGCUUGGGCAUGGGCAUGGGCAUCGGUCAACCGGAUCCCGAUGUCAUCGAGAGUUCCAUUCAAUACGGUGGGGAUUUGAUCGAUGAUGGCGCUGGCGGUGGCUUCGAUGGCGUCGAGGGUUCGUAUCCCUUCGAUAGUCCCGCGCAUCGCUUGCAACAGCAUCAGGUCAACGGACAUCGCUACAGUCAUUUGCAUCGCGAACAGUUGCCGGUCGCCGAGCUCCUGAAUGCCACGUUGCAGCAACAGCACAACAACGACAGCGGCAACAUCUCGGAACUGGGCGGCGCUUCGGCCAUGGCACCGUUGCAGCAUGGCGGAGCUCAGUUCUUCGAGACACACACCAGGAAUCCCUCAAUGUCGGAGCAACCAGCAGGUUAUUUCAAUCUCAUUGCUGUCUCGGUGGGUCUCAUCAUUGUUGUGCUCGCCGCUGGACUCUUGACCUCCAUGUAUUGUGCAGUUCGUUAUUUCUUGAACAAGAAUGCGACUUCGAGUGCCGCUGGCGAUGACAGCGAACAGGGCCAGGGACAGGACUCAAAGCAAGAGGAUAUUUCGCGCAACGCACGCGAAACCAAAAUGCACACAGACAAGGACGGUGUCUUUGUGGUGGAAGUGGCACGUGGCAUCGACUCCAAACAGCCACCCGAUAGUCCAGCUGCAGCCGCUGCAGCAGCUGCUUCCGCUGACAUCACCGAGCUGCCCUUUGACACUUCGAACAGCAAUGGCGGGCUGAAGCAAUCGCCGGCGGCUUUGGAGAAUCGCUCGUUGCCACCGAAUCACGAACAGGUGCAGAUCCAUGCACCGCCCAGCGACUUUACCAAUCCCUUGCCCACAGGUGGAACAGCAGCAGCUUCCGCUGCUGGUUUGCAUCUCAUUGAGGAGGAAACACUUGCGGCCGAUGAGGAGGCAAUGAUGUUGCCCGAGUCUCAGCCAUUGCAAGCCACGGCUGCCACGGGUUUGUCGCAAUCGGAUUUGAGUUCCACAUCGUCGAGUGAUUCGAACAAACGUUACUCGUAUGGCAACCAGGAGCUGUAUGUCAUCGAUCAGCCCGGUUAUGUGACUAAUGCGCCAACGGUGAUUAGCAUUCCACUGCUGGUCAGCGAAGAGACAGCAGUUGAGGAACAGCAGCAGCCACAACAGCAAUCGCCAGAGCAACAGCAAAAGAAAGAGGAGCUAGAGAAGCAGCUUAAGGAGCAGCAGCAGACUACUGAGCAAAGGGAGCAAAGGGAGCAAAGGGAAGACAAGUCAGAGAUGCAAAAGGAAGCAAAGUCAGAGUUGCAAAAGGCAGCUGAGGAAUUAGAGCAGCCAAAGGAAGCAAAGUCAGAGCAGCCUAAAGGAAAGCAGUCUGAGCCUAAGAAGGAGCAGUCGAAUGAGCAGGCAAAGGAAGCAAAGUCAGAGCAGCCUGAACCUAAGAAAGAGCAACAGAUUGAGCUGACAGAGGAGCAGACAAAGCUAGCAUCGCCAAAUGACAUUGAGCAGCAGUCAGAGCUGAACAUAACUGACGCAGAAGUCAGAACUCCGAAAAUGACUGACGAGCAAGAGCUAGAAGGCAAGACAGCAGAGGACAAAGAAGUUACUGAGGAAGCUCCUAAGACAGAGACACAAGAAGAGAAGCAACAGGAAACUUCUGAGAUAGAGACUCAAGAGAAGAAGCAACAGGAAACUUCUGAGAUUGAGACAUCUGAGGAGACGUCAAGAGAAGCGCCAAAGGAAGAGAAUGAACUGGAAACUCCGCAAAAGAAUGAAACUCAACAACAGAAUGAACUAGAGACUCAGCAAGAUAAGAAACUGGAACUGAUUCAACAAAAGCCUCAAAGCGAAGCAGAGCUGCCAGCAGAGGAGCAACCGAAGCCAGAGCUAAUUGGGGAAGCCGAGUGUAGCUACGAUAGUUUGAUGAGUCUGCCGGAACCGCCGACAAACGAAGAGAUUAUGAACGAGGAGCUCAACGAUUACGCGCUAAUGGAAUCGAAUCAAUUGGAUUCGCUGCCACCGCCACCGCCACCGCCGCCAGCAGCAGCAGCAGCAGCAGCCGUGAUCAAUGACAAUGGUCACAAUAACCAUAAGGAGCUGCCACCUCUGAGCAAUGGGAAGUCAGAUCAAGGCGGACCAGGAACAGACGCAGAGCCAUCGACAUUGACGCCACCCGCCUCGCCGCCAGCAUCGCCAACAGCAUCGGCCACAGCAUCGUCAACAGCAACAGCAACAGCAACAGCUUCGCUUUGCGGUGGCGGUGCUCUCAGCAAUGGCAUCCAUGCGGUGGCUGUCAAUGGCAGUUAAGAGCAGACCGACACACACAAAUUGAUGAUGGAAGGAGGGAAAAAAAACCAAAAAGGUAAGCUCGAAAUGAAAUAGUGCACUACAUUUUAAGAGGAUGUGUUUUUUUUUAAUAUUGCGUGUAUAUUGAGGAUGCGAAAUGCAAGAAAGGCAUUCAAUUCGCCGCAAUCCUUUCGCGCCUCAAUGAAUGUUUAGGCUAGGCUAAGGGCAAUAGGCUGGCAAUAAGCCUAAUCUAUGAUAAUACGAAAAGAAUACAACCAAAUAUUUAUAUUAAUAAUAAUGAUAUACUAUUUCAAUUUUUCCACUUAACUGUUUGUUGAUUUUCAAAAUAUUGAAACAAAAACAAAAAUCACAAAAAAAAAACAAAUGAUAAUAUUUAAGAACAAUUCAAAUUCCGAUUAAUAUAAAUAAAUCAUAAUUAAUUGUUUGUCUAUUUGCGGCUGGCGCCAAAUCCCCGAAAAAGAAAAAACAAAAGAAGCGCUGGCCAACACUGCUAUUUCAAUGUCUAUCUACAAACUACGAAAACGAAAAAACAUUUGAAUAAAUAUAUAUGAAAAAGAGAGAAACAACAAAACAAAUAAUAAUAAUAAUAACCACCCUCUACCAUACCAUAGAGCUCUCCCCACCUCCCCGUCACAAUGUGGUAUAAUCGUACGACAUAUUCAACAAAAACCAAAAAAGCGAAAAAUAAAAUACCGAAACGAUACGAAAAAUCAGCAUAAAUACAUAUAUUCUAUAAUAACUAUGAAUCUACAUACAAAUAGAUACAUACGAAAUUGCGAACGAAAAACCAAUUCAUAAAUUUAAUUCCCGCAACUGCAGUCUCUUUAAAAUGAUCUCAAACAACCUAAACUACGCCAACGUGCUCAUUGAACUCAGCUAACAAAAGUCGCUUAGCUUGCUAAAUUGGCACAAAGACUUCAACAAGUGUUGAGAGUGAAAAACUUGAAAUCUUUUUGAGAUGCAAACACACUAAUGAAUUCAUUUAUUAUAGAAACAAUAGAACUACAACUUAAAUGUAGUAUUCGUAGCAUCAACAUCAUUUUUGAAAUCGAAGUGAACUUAGUUAGCUUACGCGUUUGAGCAGUAGAACUUUUUUUAUACAGGCUUUUUGAAAUCCACUCGCACACAGACACACAGAGACACAAUUUCGUAUUUAGUACGGCAACUAACCCAAUGAACUCAGUUAUCUUAGCAGCUGCGCAGUUGAAAUUUGGUAUGUAGACUAGAAUUGGUCAUGUCAAGCAAAAUGCAAAAUCUUUUUGAAAUCAAUGCAACAGUUUUUUCGUUAGAUAGACAGAAAGCCAAAAGUCGCAAGCGGACAUAGCGCAUUUACAAGUCGUGCGAUUGCGACUUUAUAACACCGAUUUAUAUACAUAUAUAUACUUUCAAACAUUUAUUUAACGUGACAAGUAAUCAAAUGUGCCGAAAUUUACACAGAAGAAGAACAACAACAACAACCAAACAACAACACACACAAUUUACAAUAACAAAUUUAUACAAUAUACUUAUGAACUUUACUUAUACUACAACAUACAACUGAGUAAAAUACAACUUGUGUAAUCUUUUAAGCAAAACGAAAAAAACGAAAAAAACAGAUAAUUAGUAACUAGAAAAAUAGUUUCACAUACUAAACUAAAAUACAAACAGAAAGAGGACUUCAAAUUCAAAGUAAUUAAUACGAAAAAAAAAAUGGAGAAAAAACAUUAAAUAUUAACUAUAUAUGAAUGUACUAUGUAUGGCUAAGAUAAACAAUUAAAUGAACAAAACGAAGAACGAAGAUAAAAUUGAAUACUUAGUGAAAAGCAAAAUCAAAUAAAUGAAUUAUAGACGAAAGAUUAAGAUCGAACUCUUUAAAUAGUCGUAAAAUCGAAUAUUUAUUAAAUGCAAGUCAAGAUUUCAAUAUGAGAAAAAACCAAAUUGAUAAGAUUAUAAUAAAAUAAUAUAAUAUAAUAAAUGGUAAAAAAUGAUAGAUGAAAGAAUAAUGCGUGAACUGCAAGUGACGCGUAUUUUAUACAAGUAGAAAAUUCUAUGCAAUACCCAAAGGAUAUAGCAAGUUAUAUAUACACAAGAUCGGUUCAGAUCGGUUGAUUUUAAGUUUCUCUUUAAGUUUCUCAAUUUUCUCAAUUGUUGAUUCCGAUGAUUGUUUCAAUUGUUUUAUUGACAAUUUGUUUUUUUCUUUUGUUGUUUGUGUCUUUCAUCAGAUGCAACAACGAACGAUGAAUUAUUGGAUAUGAAUAUAUAUAUAUAUAUAUACAAAUAUGAACUAUAAUACUAAAAUAUGAAAUACUUAUAUAAUCAUACAUAGAACUAACUCUAAGCGAGUGUAGUUAAACAUUUUUUUUUGUAUUAAGAAACGCCAAAAAAAGAAUAUUACGAAAAACCCAAAAUAAAUUAUGAAAUGAUGAAAAUGAAAAUGCGAAUGCGAAUGGAAAACACAGAAAACAGAAUAAGUAAAUGUGAUUGUUAUUUAACUUAAGUUACGAUUAAAUUGAAUAAUUGAUAUGUGUGUGAAUGUCUGUAAGGUAUGCCAAAAAAACAUAUAUAUAUAAAUAUAUAUAUAUAUAUAUAUAUCUAUAUAUAUAUAGCCAAGAAAAUAGCCAAAACAAAAAAACACACGAAUGAUGCAAAACGAAGCCCAAGAAUGGAACAGUAAAAGCUGAAAAACAUGAAUAUGGUAACUACGCGAAUGUAAGGCUACUAAGCGAGCAUGACAUAAUGUCAACCUGCGAUCGGAAAAUAAAGAAUAACAUGAAAUUCAAUAU